GUGACCGCGGGAGGCGCUCCUUCGCCCGCUUGCUCGCUCUCAGCAUGGCAGCCGCGCUGGUGCUCCGAGGGGCGGCCGGCAGCCUGCUGGGCCGGGGCCGGCGGCAGGGCGCGGGACAGGCCGGCCUCGCGGCGGCGUGUUCUAGGUCAAUGGCUUCCAAAACUCCAGUUGGAUUCAUUGGACUGGGCAACAUGGGAAAUCCGAUGGCCAAAAACCUCAUCAAACAUGGAUACCCUCUCGUAAUUUAUGAUGUAUUCCCAGAAGCAUGCAAAGAUUUCAAAGAUUCAGAGCAGGUGGUGGCUUCCCCAGCAGACGUGGCAGAGAGAGCAGACCGAAUCAUCACGAUGCUGCCCACCAGCCACAACGCCCUCGAAGUUUACACCGGGCCCAAGGGGAUUCUCAAGAGAGUGAAGAAAGGUUCUUUAUUAAUAGACUCCAGUACAAUUGACCCUGCGGUAUCAAAAGAACUGGCAAAGGAAGUUGAAAAAAUGGGAGCAGUUUUCAUGGAUAGCCCUGUCUCUGGUGGGGUGGGAGCUGCUCGAGCCGGGAACCUGACGUUCAUGGUAGGAGGACUGGAGCGAGAGUUUGCUGCUGCCAGAGAAUUGCUGGAAUGCAUGGGAUCCAACGUGGUGUAUUGUGGAGGGGUGGGAACCGGACAGGCAGCAAAAAUAUGCAACAACAUGCUGUUGGCCAUCAGCAUGAUCGGGACUGCUGAAGCGAUGAAUCUUGGAAUCAGGUUAGGUCUUGACCCAAAACUGUUGGCAAAAAUUCUAAAUAUGAGCUCUGGUCGUUGUUGGUCAAGUGACACUUACAAUCCGGUGCCAGGGGUAAUGGAUGGAGUACCUUCUGCGAAUAAUUACCAGGGUGGAUUUGGAACAGUGCUUAUGGCCAAGGAUCUGGGGUUGGCACAGGACUCUGCUACCAGCACAAAAAGCCCAAUCCUUCUCGGGGGCAUGUCCCACCAGAUCUAUAGGAUGAUGUGUGCCAAGGGCUAUGCCCGCAAAGACUUCUCCUCGGUCUUCCAGUUUCUGCGGGAGGAAGAGAACUUGUGAGCUGGCUGCGGCAGCAGGUGCUGGUUGAAACCCAAAGCUUUCUGGGAGCCUCCCCCCGUCAGUGGAUCUGCUCCAAGGUCUCCAUCACUAUCUUUCAUAGACCUGUCUGCUUUUGAUUGUGUAGGUCACAAUGAUCUAGGUCUAGGAACUUUUCUCAUCCAUUUUUUAAAAACUGCUUAUUCUUUUUAGUUUAUUUAGUGACUGCAUCAUAAUUAAAUAUUCUCAUCCUUUAAGGGCCACCAUCAGAGGCACACCAAAGCAAUACUAAACUUAAAAAAAUUUUUUAAAAAUAUUUUUGUCACCCCCAGAUUAUUACCUUGGACAAAGUCAGCUGAAUCUUUGUUUACUUCAGCUGGGUUAUUAGUCACUUCAUUUUACAAAUAAGCCUGCUCUCAAUUAAUUUUCACCAAAAUAAAAUCUUUGUGGGGAGAAAGAGAUAUAAUUAUAGGGACAGGGACAAAAUGGGUAGCCUGAGGAAGCAAGAAGAGCAACUUCCCUUUUCCUGUCCCUACCCACUCACCUACCUGAUAUGUUUGUCUUCUUAAACAUAUGGUUUCUCUUAGGUUUAUAAGAUUACUGAUUUUUUUUUGUUCCAAGGAGUUGAUAAAAUUAAGUAAAAACUUGUUAUUAAGUAUUUUCCAAUUUGGACUUAGUUACAAUAUCUUUGUCUGUCUGUGUAUGUGUGCGUCCCUGCCCCUUCCAGUAAAGCCUCCAUAUACUGUGAACCGAUUUUUAAACUUUUUGUUUCCUUGUAUAUUUUUUUCAAGCAUUUUUGGACAUCAAAAGAACGGCAUCUUUAGGGCCUACUGCUAGGUUAACAAUGUAUAUUUACUUUAGAUGAUUAUUAUGUUACUCUAAAUAAAUAAACCACAUUAUUUUCAAUUCAAAUAAAUUUCUAUGCUGAUAAUGCC